CAAAAAUGACUUCUUCAAAAAUAUACCUAUACCCCAACGAUGAGGAUACUGCUAAAUCUCUUUUAAGCUGCUUAACCUCUACUUUCGAAGGUUCUGGACUUGAACCUAUCAUCAGGCCUCUUAAUAACAACAACGAUGUAAUUUAUGAGUUUUUAGAACCCCUCGUGAAUACUGAAGAAAUCCAAAAAUGACAUCUUAUGAUUAAUUUACCUACUGAUUACAGCCUGGAUGAAGUCCAGAUUGAGGAGAUUAUUGGGAACUUGAGAGAGACUCUUGACUAUGAGAGGGUAAAGGAGAUGACCAAGUCUUUUGUCAUUGAUUUUGAACCUGUUAUAGAUUAUUCUGAUGAGGAGCAAGUGUAUGAUAAAAUCAAGAAUAUAACUAGUCUUAUUAAUGAGCUAGUUAGCAAUUUUAGCCUACCAGUUACUUUAUACAUAAGUCCAUCAAGAUUUCAACCUGAAGUACAAAACAUUCAAGCAAGAGAUGGAUUUUUUGAGCUAGCUGAAACAAUAAAAGAAUCAAAUGGGAGUAUCCAACUACCUCUAUAUACAGACCCUGAUCCUGUAAGAAUUGAUGAUAUAAUCACAUCAAAAGAAGUCCUAUCAGACCUCGGUGUAAAAAUAGACUAUCUAUUCGGUAUCCAUCACUCAUUCUCCAACCUUUCCGACAGAAUCCAACAAAUAAUUUCCAACAAUCUCCUCGACACCAAUUACGAGCUUAGUUUCUACCAACUAUCCCCUCGUGACACCGAAGACCAGAUCCUAACCUUACAUUCCAACUACUUAAAGGUAAUUUCCUCUAUUACAACUCCCUAAAUCUCUC